AGAACAUCCAAUUAUUCCCGACCAAGCACCUCACAAGAAAGACGUCAACAUUUUGAACGGCCCUCCCAAUUGACCACCCCCGCCCUCCGACCUGAAUCCUACUCUUCUCCUUCUCCGUAAUCACCUAAUUCCGUCGAGACGACACGAUGCUUCGACAAUCUCUAGCUCGUUCGGCUUGGCGGACUGGCCGACAAGCCGCCAGAUCCUCCAGAGCUUUUUCUGCGACACCUCAACGGCCGGCAGAGGUGGAGCUUACAAUUGAUGGAAAGAAGGUGUCUAUUGAAGCUGGCUCAGCUUUAAUUCAAGCCUGUGAAAAGGCCGGCAGCACCGUCCCUAGAUAUUGCUACCAUGAGAAGUUGAUGAUAGCCGGAAACUGCCGUAUGUGUCUAGUCGAAGUCGAACGAGCACCGAAACCCGUCGCCUCUUGCGCAUGGCCUGUACAACCCGGUAUGGUGGUGAAAACAAAUUCGCCGCUUACACACAAAGCCCGAGAGGGAGUGAUGGAAUUCCUCCUAGCAAACCACCCGUUAGAUUGCCCUAUCUGUGAUCAGGGUGGUGAAUGUGAUCUUCAAGAUCAAUCUAUGCGAUACGGUGCCGAUAGGGGCAGAUUUCAUGAGAUUGGUGGCAAGCGAGCGGUAGAGGAUAAAAAUAUUGGACCCUUAAUUAAGACGUCAAUGAACAGAUGUAUCCACUGUACGAGAUGUAUUCGGUUCGCAAACGACAUAGCCGGUGCCCCCGAGAUGGGUUCGUUCGGACGAGGAAACGAUAUUCAGAUUGGAACAUACUUAGAAAAGAACCUAGACUCCGAGAUGUCGGGCAACGUCAUCGACCUUUGCCCCGUCGGAGCCCUCACAUCAAAGCCAUACGCCUUCCGAGCUCGCCCCUGGGAACUAAAGAAGACCGAGUCAAUUGAUGUGCUCGAUGGUCUAGGAUCUGCUAUUCGCGUCGACUCUCGUGGCCUAGAGGUCAUGCGAGUCAUUCCCCGGUUAAAUGAUGACGUUAACGAAGAAUGGAUCAACGAUAAGACCCGAUUCGCUUGCGAUGGCUUAAAGACCCAGAGAUUGACUAUGCCGCUAGUACGACGAGAGGGCAAAUUCGAACCAGCACCUUGGGAGCAAGCACUGACAGAGAUUGCCGCCGCCUACCAGCAGCUCGCACCUACGGGCAAUGAAUUUAAGGUCAUCGCUGGUGAAUUAACCGAGGUUGAGUCUCUAGUUGCCAUGAAGGACUUGGCCAAUAAGCUCGGAUCCGACAAUCUAGCUAUUGACACACCCUCAGGAAGCCAGCCUCUCGCCCAUGGUAUUGAUGUCCGAUCAAACUAUCUCUUCAACUCUAAGAUCCUUGCUGUUGAAGAGGUUGACGCCCUGCUACUCGUCGGCACCAACCCAAGACACGAAGCUGCCGGUCUAAAUGCUCGUAUCCGAAAGCAAUGGCUAAGAUCAGAUCUAGAGGUUGGUGUUGUGGGCGAACCAUUUGAAUCAACCUUUGAAUUUGAGAACCUCGGUACAGACUUUGCGGCAUUGAAGAAAGCGCUCUCUGGUGAUUUCGGCAAGAAGCUUCAAUCAGCCAAAAAGCCGAUGAUCGUCGUUGGCUCUGGUGUAACGGAUCACCCCGAUGCCAAGGCUUUCUAUGAGCUUAUCGGUUCCUUCGUCGAGAAGAAUGCUGCGAACUUCUUGACUGAAGAGCACAACGGAUUCAACAUUCUACAAAGAGCCGCCUCAAGAGCAGGUGCUUUCGAGGUUGGAUUCACAACACCCUCUCCUGAAGUCGCUCAGGCUAAACCCAAGUUUAUCUGGCUCCUUGGCGCCGAUGAAUUUGCUGAUGCUGAUAUCCCUAAGGACGCCUUCGUCGUCUACCAGGGCCACCAUGGUGACCGUGGUGCCCAGAUCGCCGACAUCGUCCUACCCGGUGCCGCUUACACCGAGAAGGCCGGUACAUAUAUCAACACAGAGGGUCGAGCUCAAAUGACUCGUGCCGCCACAUCACUUCCAGGCGCCGCCCGAACAGAUUGGAAGAUCAUCCGAGCAAUCAGCGAGUUCUUCGGAGCUCCUCUACCAUAUGACGAUGUCGCCCAAUUAAGAGAAAGGAUGGUCGAAAUUAGCCCGGCGCUUGCUUCAUACGAUAUUGUCGAGCCCACAUCGAUGAAGUCAUUGAGCAAGGUGCAAUUAGUAGACCAGAACAAGGGCGCCAAGCCCACAAACACGCCACUUAAGAAGGUCAUUCAAGACUUCUAUUUCACAGAUGUUAUCUCUAGGAGUUCACCAACGAUGGCAAGGUGUUCAGUCGCCAAGGCGACAGGCAACCCAGAUAACAACUUAAUGGCCCCCGGCAUAACCGAAGACAAGCCGAUGGGCCAAGUGGCAUACGGCUCAUAGGAGUAAUGCUACGAGGUGUGACGAGAUAGAUGAAACGAGAGCUUCAAAAGGAUAGGCUUCGAGUCAGACGCUACUAUAUGGCUAAGGGGGGUUAUAGUACUCAAGGCCAUGGUUGAUUUUUCUUUGUUGCUGGGCGCAGACAUACAUGGCAUCGUUAGUGUACAUAUAGCACUUGGUUCAACGGAGUAGAGAAGAAAGAAAGAAGUACAUAAAACGCCCAGAAUUCUUCGUC